ACCCUAUCCUCACUCACACCACCUUCUCGAGCUUUUCUUUCUACUACUGUUUAGUUCAGUCUCUAAAGGGAGAGAAAAACAGAGUUCUAGAGAGAAAAAAACAGAGCAACAAUGGAGGGUAAGGAAGAGGAUGUGAAGCUUGGAGCUAACAAGUUCACAGAGAGACAACCAAUAGGCACAGCAGCUCAGACAGACAAGGACUACAAGGAGCCACCACCAGCUCCCUUGUUUGAGCCAGGGGAGUUGAAAUCAUGGUCCUUUUACAGGGCUGGGAUUGCAGAGUUCAUGGCCACUUUCCUCUUCUUAUACAUCACUCUUUUGACUGUCAUGGGUGUUGUUAGGGCACCUACCAAGUGUGCCUCUGUGGGUAUUCAAGGGAUUGCUUGGGCUUUUGGUGGUAUGAUCUUUGCCCUUGUCUACUGCACUGCUGGUAUCUCAGGAGGACAUAUUAACCCAGCAGUGACCUUUGGAUUGUUUCUGGCAAGGAAGCUGUCCCUAACAAGGGCUGUUUUCUACAUAGUGAUGCAGUGCCUUGGUGCCAUAUGUGGUGCUGGUGUUGUUAAGGGCUUCCAGCCGUCUAUCUAUCAGGCAAAUAAUGGUGGGGCCAAUUUUGUGGCACAUCAGAGUCAGACCAUGAUGACAAUGAUGGGUUUCCCGGCCAAUGCUCAUAUGGCCCGAUCACUUGGUGUCCGGCCUCACUCACUGGUGCACAAACCAAGUAGAGGCACAGGAACAACAAUCGUGGGAAGGUUUAAUGAGACUCAUACCGGGUUUGUGAGUCCAUGGGAGCCACGCACAAUGGAGGAAGAAAUGAACUUGAUGUGGCCUGGAAGCUUUCAUUUGGAUCCACAGCUACUACCAGAGCAGCCAUUGGACAACCUCAAGCUUGAUUUGAAUCUCCGGCUCUAA